UUAAUUAGAUUCUGAAAUUUCGAUCAUUAAUUUGUAGUAUUUUCUAUAUUAGGUAUUUCACAUGUGGUAUUUUUGAUCUCGAACCUUAUCAAACUUCAACACCGAGCUCAACACCCUUGACUGAGCGUUAAUUAAAAUCCAACUAUAUUCACGGUCCACUCAUGACUGCGUCGCCGAACACCGCAGAAUAUUCUUUAUCUUUCCCGUUCACCGACCCUGACUUUUCAAACGCCACUCUUCACUCUUCCUUUGAUGGUUCAAGUUUUCCUGUUGGUGUUCAAGACAUUAAUUCCAACAACCUAUCCAGGAUUCAUUCAUCCUGCCCUGCUACCAUCCCCGACUCUUCAUUCCUACUGCAGAACAUCAACACCCCGUACCUCGUGAGCGAAAUCCUGGUAGCUCUCCUGGCCGUUAUCGGAAACUCGCUCACUAUUUUGGUCUUCAUCCUGAACCGCAAACUGCGGAGACUGACCAACUACUACAUCGUAUCUCUGGCCGCCGCUGACUUAUUAGUGGGCAUUUUAGGGAUUCCUUUCGCGAUUUUAACAUCCCUCGGCAUGCCAGAAGCCCGAGAACCUUGUCUGCUGAUGUUAUGCACCCUCAUCCUACUGUGCACCAUCUCCAUCUUCUCGCUGGUCGGCGUCAGCGUGGACAGAUAUUGGGCGAUCCUACACCCUCUCAUCUACGCCAGACUCAUGACUGCGUCCAGAGCCAGACGCAUCAUCCUGGUAUGCUGGGUGCUUGGUACCGUCAUCGGACUGCUGCCGCUGUUCGGGUGGCACUUGGAGUGCCGCCUCUGCCUCUUCACGGCGGUGAUGGACCCGUCCUACCUCGUCUUCCUCUACCUCACCACCAUCGUCGGGCCAGGCAUCCUCAUGGCCUUCUUCUACGGCCACAUCUUCUCCGUUGUCAUCAAGCAGCUGCGGCAAAUUAUACAGCAGGAGGGGCCGGCAGAUCCCCUCCCUCCCCCUCCUCUUGCGCAGGACGUGUACGGUUCGUCGCGGGACGUUACGGGACGUACGGGCAGACGUCCCACGGACGUCGCGGGCCCGUCACGGGACAGUCCGUCGUCGACGAUGCUGCACACCAAUCGACGCGAGAUCAAAGCCGCCAAGAACCUCAGCAUCAUAGUUCUGUUCUUCAUGAUCUGUUGGUUUCCCCUGUACACCAUCAACUGCAUCAACGCCUUCUGCUCCACGUGCCAAGUGCCGCUUCAGCUCCUCAACUUCACCAUCAUCUUGUCCCACGCGAACAGUGCGAUCAACCCGCUGCUAUAUGCCUACCAUAUGAAGGAUUUCCGGUACGCCCUGAAGGCUUUGCUCUUCGGCAGAAUUUUUGGCACGAAGCUCCUGAAGCACCGACCCUCCAUGACCGCCAUUUACCGGACCCAACAUUCAGACCGCUACCUUCAGCGCAACCGCCACGGCAACGGCCACGAACUAAACACGGCGCCCCGACGACACGACCCUAACCGCCUCACUCCAACCUACGACACUCCCACAAACCUCACCCCUCUGAGCGUGACACCUUUCAGCGCCACACCCAUUGAUCCUAAAAGUAAUCCUUUCUGUGACUCGUUCCAAAAAGCUUUGGUACAAAAACUGGGGAAGCAGACCGAGGCCGCUGAAGUGGUGUCGGAUAUGACGAUCGUUGUUGAUACCCUGAAGGUCGCUCUACCCCCAGCACAGCUGCACCUGUCCCGGGACCAUUCGCCCCGACCACACUGCCCUCUCAUUCAAGUGUCCACCAUCACUACGCCACCUCAUGAAGAGGGAUAUGAUGAAUGUGAUAAAUAUUCACAUUCGUAUUGUGAAAAUGAUGAGCAGCCAUAUCCAGACUGCAUUUCUGUCGGUGAUUUCGACGACCGACAAAGUGAAACUAUUUCCGUACUGGCAAACGACUCAGAAGCUCCAGAGGAAGCUCUUGAUGCGUGCAAUGCAAGUCAACGAAUUUUAUUUAAGGGAGAACUUGAAAAUUCUGUAAUAGAAGAAAACGGUGAACUGCAACUCGAGGAAGAAGCCUGCGAGAUGACCGAUGAUAAAUUUUUAGUUUUUCAAAUAGUAAGCGAUCCCCCAUACAGAGAUGACGUUACAGAUUUGACUAACGACGAAUCUCAAGUACAAAAAGCAGCAGAACUACACUUUGGAAACUCCCCUUAAAUAAACAUAUCUAUUGAGCCUGUGUGCGCAGAUGUAAGUAAUAGACGUAGCCUAGCGCUCCUAAAUGUCGUUAUGUAUGUUACUUGUGCAGGAAACUUAGAUAUUAAAGAAUAUUGUAUCUCAAAGAUCAAAUAUCAUCUGGUCGUCUUGUUUCAGUGUUUAAUACGAGUCUAACAAUUUGUUAAUAUUAAUUGAGUCUUUUGUCUUUUAUUAUUUGAACACUGAGACUUCAACCCGUAGAUAUAUCUAGUCUUAAUUAAGUAAAUUAAUAUCAUAAUAUAGUACAAUUUAUUAUUAUUUCAUUGAUGUGUUAUAUACGAGCAUUAUAAUCGUACACUCAAAUAAUGAAUGGCUCACGUUGUCCAAAUAAUGACACACAUUCUUACUCACAGCACGAUCAGUGAGCCGCCGUAUCACUGAUACACUUUUUUUUUCUAGCCAAAGUAGGUCAAGAUGACACAUAAAAGGCAGAAAGUGCAUCACAGUUUGGGCAAAGGGUCACUUAUUCCUUUGAGUGUGUGCAGAACUGCGAAAAUCAUUAGCUAAAU